ACUCAAACAGUUGUAGUGGGUUCUGAUCAUCAGGGGGAAAGCAUCACAUUCUAGAGUGUCUGUAAACAGCCUAUUACAAAGCACGUAGCAGUAAGUGGGUUCUGGGUCACCCCAACACCUAGAGGCACAUCUGUGCCAUAGAUUGCUGCAGACUAAGCACUCAACACUGUAGUGAAGGGACUGGUGCCUGUGUGGAUCUAUGCCUGCUAACACUGGGCAUGCUGAUGGUAGCUGCUGUGACUUGUGGUUCAGAGGAGUGAGGAACUCAGGACUCACUGAGUCCUUUGCAAGUGAGAAGAGGAAACCAAGAGGCAGGGCUGCACAGACAUUGACUCUGAUUCCUAUUUCCCUUUGCCCCCACUCAGGCAGCCCUUACACUCAGGUCCCCAUCUUCCCACGUCCUAAACAAGGUACUGCAAUACUGAGGAAGACAAAAAAGAGCUUGCAGAAGGCAGCGAAGAAUAAGGCACAGUCCGCAUUGUUUGACACCCGCUGCUUCUGUGAGAGGAAACGGAUGCAGAAGAAGGCGCAGGCAGCCAAGCAGCGCCGGCAGAACCCAGCCCUCUCCCAGCACAGCAGCCUGCUGAAGCUCUGGCACAAGAUCAACGAGGACCACACCGACAGCCGGCUCUUCCACCACACCGCAUGCACCUGCUCGUCCCUAUGCAGCGCCGGACACGACCCGGAGGCAGGCACUGACUUCCGUGGGCUCCGUUACCUCAGCGCCCGGCGGCAGCGGGCGAAGCGGAGAGCAGCCAUGGAAGUCAAGCUACGAUCGUGGCUGGAUGACAGCACCACAGACCUGUGAAUACCGGAUAACAGCGGCUUGAGCCCCGGUGUGUGAAACGCGAAAUAAAAGCAAGUAAAAGCAGCUUUAUCGCCUCUUCCCCCCCACACACACGGAGCCAGACCGCCGCCA